GUACGGCCCAUUGAGAUUCACUCCAUAUCUCAGGCUACCAAGGAGUUAACCGCGUCUCCUCCAAUGCGUCACUUCCGCAUCCGAUUGUCAGCCGGCGCUUCUGUAUUUUUUCCUUCCCCCGUGUCUGCAGCUGAUUCAAGGCUAGGCAGAUGUCUGGGCGCCGCGCUGCACUUAAGGCCAUAGACUGGGUCUCCUUUGCGGAGAGGGUGCCGCCCAAUCAGAAGUCUCUGUUCAAUGCCCUGAAGACACGGAGCGAUGGCCUGGCCGCCAGGUUGUCCUCGCUUCCCGAAAAACCCACCACGAUCGACUGGAGUUACUACAGGAAGGCAGUGGCCAAGCCUGGCCUCGUGGACGAGUUUGAGAAGAGGUUUGCCGCCCUGAAGGUCCCGGAGCCCGUUGACACGCAGACGAGCAAGAUCGAUACCCAGGAGCAGGAGGCGAGCAAAAGUGCUGUAGCCUACAUCCAGGAGUCCAAAGCCCGCAUUGCUGUCUAUGAGGAGGAGCUGGAGAAAUUUAAGAAUAUGAUCCCAUACGACCAGAUGACCAUAGACGACCUGAACAGUGUCUUCCCUGAGACAAAGCUGGACAAAGUCAAGCACCCGUACUGGCCACACAAGCCCAUCGCUGAGCUGUGAGCCGGGCGUCGCAGUGAGCCGGGCGUCGCUCGCACAGCUGCGCCUCUUCCUCCCUGUGGGUCUGUGCUUCCUCCAUCAUAAUAAAAUCUUCUGCAUUUA